CCAGACUUCAAGAACAAUAAUGCACAUUCAACUCCGUUUAUCGGAGGGCAAAUAAUUACACUAAUUCCAUCAUUUAUACAAUUGUGUGAAUAGUUUAAGCAUUUCCUCAACGCCGAUUGGUCCGGACGCCCUCGAAAGAUCGGCUCUGGAAUUUGGACUGACUAGCGUGAAAGAGCGCAGCCAGCAUCAUCGUGAGAAGGUUUGGUGUCAAUUUGUUGAUUUAGUUCGCAGUCUGCGAAGGAUGAGCCCGGCGCGCCAGUGUGCCCUAGAAAAGUCUUGAUCGUGACAGUCAGGAUGGGUGCGGGAGGCCAGCUGACGGAGACCGGGAGCAGCGUUUACACCUGGAAGGACGUUCAGAGACACAGCAGCAGGAACGACCAGUGGUUGGUCAUCGAUAGGAAGGUUUACAACAUCACUCAGUGGGCCAACAGGCAUCCUGGAGGGUUUCGAGUCAUCCACCAUUACGCCGGAGAGGAUGCCACGGAGGCUUUUACUGCUUUUCAUCCGGAUAAGAAGUUUGUACAACUCUUUCUGAAGCCGCUGUUGAUCGGAGAGCUGGUGGAGACGGAACCCAGUCAGGACCGACAGAAAAAUGCUGCAGCUAUUAAAGACUUCCAGGCCUUACAUGCUCACGCCGUGUGCCAAGGUCUGUUUCGAUCUCGGCCCGCCUUCUUCCUGGCCCAUCUGGCUCACAUCCUGCUGCUGGAAGUUCUGGCCUGGACGCUGGUGUGGAUCUGGGGCACCAGCUGGCCCCUGACGCUGCUUUGUGCUGUCCUGCUGGCAAUUGCUCAGUCCCAAACAGGGUGGUUGCAGCAUGACUUUGGUCACCUGUCUGUUUUCAAAACGUCCAAAUGGAAUCACAUCCUCCACAAGUUUCUUAUUGGACAUCUAAAGGGAGCUUCUGCUAAUUGGUGGAAUCAUCGCCAUUUCCAGCAUCACGCCAAACCUAACGUCUUUAGUAAGGACCCUGAUGUCAACAUGCUGCGCUUCUUUGUUAUUGGAGCCACUCAGCCUGUGGAGUAUGGCACCAAAAAGGUCAAACGUUUGCCCUACAACCAUCAGCACCUAUACUUUUUCUUGGUUGGACCUCCGCUGCUAAUUCCAGUUUAUUUCCACAUUCAAAUAAUGCAUGGUAUGAUAUCUCGACGUGACUGGGUGGAUAUGGCCUGGUCCAUGUCUUACUACCUUCGCUACUUCAGCUGCUAUGUUCCACUUUAUGGUCUUCUUGGCUCAAUAGCGCUCGUCAUCUUUGUCAGGUUUCUAGAGAGCCACUGGUUUGUGUGGGUGACUCAGAUGAAUCAUCUGCCAAUGGAUAUCGACUAUGAGAAGCAUCAGGACUGGCUCACCAUGCAGCUACAAGCCACCUGCAACAUUGAGCAAUCCUUCUUCAACGACUGGUUCAGUGGACACCUCAACUUCCAGAUUGAACACCAUCUUUUCCCAACGAUGCCGCGUCACAACUUCCACCGGGUGGCGCCACGGGUGCGCGCUCUCUGUGAGAAACACAACAUCCCAUACCAAGUGAAGUCACUAAGAAGAGGCUUGGCUGAUGUCAUCAGGUCAUUGAAAGCAUCAGGGGACCUCUGGCUUGACGCAUAUCUUCAUAAAUGAUUCUAAUGUUCCAAAAAUGGAUUGGUUUGCGGUGUGGGAUUUAUUAUUCCUGUUCUGUUUAAUAAUUGUUUACACAUGGUAUAUUGUGUAUAUUUCUGUAUAUUCUUCAAAUACAAUUUCAAAGGAGCAUGUUUCAAUUUUUGUAGUAUUUAAUCCAUAUUUUCACUUAACUACAAUUAUUUUCUCAUCGCUAACAAUGCAGAGGCGAAUCAAAUGUAGUAUUUCACUAACUUUGCUGAUUAUUGUUUGUCAUUCACUAUGUUUCUAUGUUGGUGUUAUGAGCAGCUUUUUUCUAUAAACCCCAAAAACAUUUUUUUUAAAUAUAUUUUUGUAAUUUUUUUACUCUGCUGCUUCUGUACAUGAAAAUGUACAUGAAAAAACAAUAUCAUGUGAUUUUAUAACAUCAACAUGUACUGUAAGUUAAUUACACUCAAAACUUCCUGAACCAAGUUUGAAAUUUACCAAUGAAACGAAAACAAUUAAAAGUAGCCCAACACAACUAAUAUGACAAUCAUUCAUCAUUUGAUGAAAUUGUCCAUGGAUGGAAAGUUGCCACAUUUUGUUAUUUAUCAUUUCUAACAGGAUGCAAAUAAUGUAUUUGAAUGACAAUUAAUUGAUUAAUUAAUAAAAGCCUAGAAGCAUUUUGCAUUGGUGACAAUUGGCAACUAAAACUGACUCCAAGUUAGGGAAAACGCAGGUUUUAAAAAUUACAAAUUAGCAAUUAUGAAUUUUGAGAUCAAAUAAAUGGAGGAUUAUUUUGGGCAUCACUGUGGAGCAGCGGUUAGCGCUCGUGCCUCACUGCAAGAAGGUCCUGGGUUCGAUAGACGGACUCAAAACUAAAAUUGGUCCCUAGUGUGUGAACGUGAGUGUGAAUGUUAUCUGCCUGUGUUGACCCUGCAAUCAGAAUCAGAAUCAGAACUACUUUACUAAUCCCUGAGGGGAAAUUAAGAUUUUCAGGACAAGAGCAAGUUCAAGAGCAGACAAACAUUACAGGGAGACAGAACAGGAUCGCGGACGGGUCUGCCAACUUCCGGCGCUCCUUACAAAAAAGGUGAGAAACAUGUAAAACGCUGGGGUGGGGGGAGGAGGAGAAAAAAAAAUUCAGUCUAAGCCUGGGCCCGUGGAGAGGAGGUGCAGACUGAAGCCAAGGGGGAAAAAAACUCAUAGCCAUAGCACACAAACAUGUGUAAGAGGGAAACAUCAAAGAACACAAAGAAACAUUAAUAACAUUAAAAGAGCAGCGCUGAUGCAACCAGCCACUUCUACACGCGGCCACAAAAGUAAAACAAAAAAAUAUAUAUGUAUACACUGUGGUGGUCUCUGCGGUGUUCCACGCCAUCGUCUGCUGGAGUAGGGGGAGCACGGUCAGAGACAGAAGCAGACCCAACAAAGCAACCAAGCGAGCCGAUUCCACCCUCGGCCGCCCACCAACUCUCGGCCAGUGUCCAGUAUGCAUGGAUGAGCGAGGGUAUGAUCGAUACACGCUCAUUCAGCCAAGACAUUGUGAGGCUUGUCUGUCCCGCCGCUCAGCGCCAGCGCCCUGUCCCUUCAUCCGCAUCUCCUCCAGUCUCUCAAAACAGACUCUGGUGGGCCAGAGACCCAGCAGCUGGUCUCCACGCCCAAAAAGCUCCCGGGAGGCAGAUCCGCAAGUUCACAAAAAAGCACAGAAGUCAUGAAAGUGCCUCGCCUUGCCGCACAGUCCCAAAGAUGAGGUCGCAACUUGUCCAGGGUGUGCCCGGGAUUACGCCCCACUGCAGUUGGGAUAGGCUCCAGCCCCUCAUGACACUGAAAUGGCCAAUCGGUGGAAACAUGGAUAUACAGAGGACUAUAAUUUUUUUGUUGUCAUUUAAAAUUACGCAAAACAAUUUAGUUUAAAGCACAAAAUGAGACCCAUAAGAAGUACAUAUAUAAAAUCAAUAAGUACUAUAAAAAAUUCUGAUUGGACACUUGGUGAGCAAAACAUAAUGAUGUUGUUUAGUGCAGCUUUACUAACAAUAAAUCAUUGUUAAAAUGACAAGGGUGCCCUCUUUCUCAUCUAAUCUAGUAAAAUGAUCAACACGCCUCAGUACUUCCUCUGUGUACUAACUGCAGGUGUGUCUUUGAGACAAGAUUAUAUUAUUAAUGACUAACUUUGGCAAGUUGCCAUGCUUAGAAUUUCCUCCUCUGUUCCUACUCCAAUUAACAAUAACUGGAUGUAUUUUUUGGGGGUGAUUUAAACCUCGAAUGACUGACACCAGUUGGGGAAAAAAAACAACAUAAUGUCAUUGUGAAGGACUCCUGGGUGGUAGAUUCUCCUGGGACCGACAUAAUUUACGUGAGCCCGAGAUACAGGUUUGAGCAAAUCUUUAUAGUGUUAAGGGCUGUGUCGCCAGCUGCCUCUGUCCUCCCUUCUUUUCGCUCGUGUGGGUUUUUCUGCUCUCAUAGGUGCCUUCCCCUCAUGUCUUCGGACGCUGCUGAUAAGGGCGACAGGUGAUUAGAUAACCAGUCCCAGCUGGGCAAUCUACUCACCUUCUAGCUGGGCUUCGAAGCCGGGCCAUACACACUCCCUACCCGCAGGAGGUACGCCCACCACGCCCCCCUCCACAGUCAUUUUUUAAUGUUUGUAAAUCGAUAACAAUCAAACAGGGAAGGUUUAAAACUGUUUUAAAAUUCAUUUUGAACCAUUAUCACUGAAUGUGUGCAGUGAUUGUUAGUCUGAUAUACAACAAAAACAGCAUUUUUCCCGCCUUCUAUAUUAUGGAAAUAUAAUGAAAACCCAAGAAGACUACAAAUUGGUAUCAAACAUUUACCAACUUUUAAUCAGGUUUUUUUUUAUCAUAUGUACAGUCCAUUUGAUUACAGCAUCAUACAUUUAUUGUACCAAAACUAUUUGACUUGGUGAAAAGGUACUUUGAUAGUUCUGUUCUUUGAAUAAUACAACACGAUACCAAUAACACCAGCAUUUGACUGUAAUUUACAGACUCCAUUCAGAAUGAUUGUACAUUUCUCGGUUGAGUAUAUACUUGUGUGAAAAUAAACAUUGGAUCUCCAAUUGGAUGAUGAUAUUUCUGUUAGCGUCAUGUAUUCUCACUGUAAACACUAAUAUCAAAUGAUUGGCUACAUAGCAGAAGAAUGUGAAACAUCCUGGCACAAAUUAGGCAACAAUAUCAUUCACUUAACAGCUGCAAUAUUGACAAAAAUAGCAUUAGUCACGUACGCACACACACACACACACACAACUAUAGGU